GGAACUGGGUGGCUAGAAGGAAGGGGUCGCAUUUGAAGUUGGAUUUCAACCCUAUGGGCCCGAUGUUUUGGGAGGCGGAGACUUAUUGCGCCUUGGGGUUAUAUAAGAAAGGACAGCAACUCCGAGAUGGGAGCUGGGGUGGGGGUAGAAGGUAUUAUUGAAUAUAUCGGUUUGGUGUACAGCAGCGCGCUAGGCUUUGGUGUGCUCCUUGCAUUUUUCUCCAAGUCUUGCUUGUGGGAGCUUAGCUCCACUCUAAAGGUCACUAGGGGGACACAACUUUAUCUUGGUGUUUCAGCUUGCUUUUUAAUUGCUCCAGAGUACUCAAACCACUUACUGGAAAGCGUUUAAAACCAUAAUCCUUAAUUCUUCAGAAGACAUCACUAAGCACCCGGGAUUUUUUGUUGAAACUAUAACCUCAGAGUAUUUCCUUAAAAUAUUAUAGCUCCUGUAAAAUCGGAGGGGCCUUAAACCUCCGAUUCUCCUCCCCCCAUGAAUUAGUACGUGUGUAUAGAGGUAGAUGAGUAAAGAAUGAAUGAGAUAAUAUAUUGAUCUACAAACAAUUUUCUCUCCUGACCAUAUAUAUCAGAGAAUUAGUCUACACCCAGAUCGACAAGGUACAUUAGCUACACUUUUGGUUUGCUCCUUUCUUAUGGAACCAUAUGGCACGAUGAGCGAAACAGGAGGAUUGGUUUUCAGCACUGCUGAUGUGGCUAUCCAUUGGCAGGAAUACGUUUCAUACCCACCCCAAACCUUGCAGAUUGUAAAUGGUCCAUGAAGAGUGGAAAAAAUUUUACUGUUUUACAGUACAUGGUAGCUGGAGACAAUCUUACCCUUGAGAUUAAUAAUCUUGGCAGAAGCACAAAAAGAUGCAUAUGAGACCAAAUUAAUGAGUAGUGAGCUAGUAUAAGAGAUUUGAUGAAAAAGACACUUCCCUUUUACACUCCUCUCCCCUCAAAGCACCAAGAAGUUUUUGUUUUGUAGGCCAAGUUGGAAUCAUGUGUAUUUUCUUAAAUAAAUUUAAUGGUGAAAUAAUUGAAUAAUAGCACUUCAUGGAAUAUUGUCAUUUAAGUGUUAAUAGUUCCACUGGAAGGGUUAAUAAUCGAGCUUUCCUAGGACACAUGGUCUCAAGAAAUUUUAUUGUAGUUCUUUGAAAAUAAGGUUUUCUCAUGCUACAUGUUUUUCUUAAAGGGAAAGUUAUAUUAUUUAGCUUGUACUGACUUGUAUUGAUUUUUAAAAAAACAAACUCAUUUAGUAUUUCUUAGAAUGAAAGAUACUGUUUUUGUUUUUUUUUUCAAUCCUUGGAAUUUCACUUUAGCAAAGGAGGAUGAACUGUAGUAUUUGUCAGAUGACAGAAGCAACCCCAGGAAGUUGUAAUCCAUUGACUUGACUCAAUUUUACCUUUUGAGAGGAGAGAGAACUCUACAAAAACAUCUAACUGCAGGCUUACUAGACUGCUCUCAGGCUUCUAAGCUACAACCAACUAAACUGAGAUUGCCUGGUAGAAAACAAAAUUUCUAGGCUUUUUUUUUGGCAGGGGGCAGGGUAGUACUUUGCUAGAUAAAAAACUAUAGGUUUAGCAAUAUUCCAUGCUGUGUUGGUUAUUCUCUUAUGGGAGCUGCUUCUCUGCUUAGCUACACUGCAUGAGGGGAGAGAUCAUUCGUUAGAUCUGACAGGCAAGUUGCUUUGGCUUCUGAAGUCCUAGCAAUAGAGACUGCAUAUCUAUAUCAGCUAGAAAUUGGCCAAAGAGAAAUGUAAUUUAACAUUGACAGAAAAUGAGAUCUGUUGCCAGAAUUUCUCAAGGGAUACUAGCAUUCAUUUUUGACAUCUCAUCAGAAGGACAGUUUUUCAAAUGCAAAUGGGGUCUUUAUGAAUACAAUGGGGUCUUUAUGAAUACAGUAUUUAUAAUGUUUUGUUGUGGUCUAUGAUCAAUAAAAAUCUUAUUAAUAUAAGUUAGUUACAUGGUUUAUAGUGAUAUUACCCUCACUCCCACCCCAAGCUUUUCCAAUAUUAGUACAAGGACUUCUUACUCAAUUAUUUAAGUUUAAAGGUUAAGUUAUGCUUGAAUUCAUCUAUUCAUUCAUUUGUUCACCAUAUAUUUAUUGAACACUGGAUAUGUACCAGGUUCUGGGCAAAACACUAGGGAUACAGUGAUGAACAUGACAGACAAUGAAAAGUACAUUAGAAAACGGCCUGGAAGGGGCAGGUAAACAAAUACAUGAACUAGAAUUUCCCGCAGUGAUUGAUACCAUGAAGAAAUAAAAUAGGAUGAUGUACUAGAAAGUGAUUAUGAGGUUAUUUUAGAUUGUCUGAAGAGAUGACAUUUGUGCUAGGAAACAAGUGAUGAAGAGUAAUUUGCAUGCCAAUGACUGAAACAUAGUACUGCAGGCCUUAAGGCAGGAAUCAGUUUGCAGCUCGGCAUGUUCAAGGCCGGUUCAGCUGGAGUAUAGUGUGUGAGGUAGAGACAGGGAGAGGCCAGAUUUUAUUUUUUAAUUUCUAAAUAUUAAGGGGUACAAAUGUUUUUGGUUAUAUGGAUCACUUCUGUAAUGCUCGAGUCAUGGGCUGUAAGUGUGGAGAGGACAGAUCAUUUUGGCCAUAAAAUGGGAUGUAGAUUUUAAGUGCAAUGGGAAGCCAUUGGAUACUCGUUUGGGGCUACAUUCCUAUUCUGGAGAAUGUUUUCAGGGAGAGUAGCUUCCUUACAUCAGCUUCCUAGGCCAAGUAAGGUGACCCAAUGGACUUUAUUUUUUUAAAAGGUCUGGUUAUACUAAUGUAUCCUCUCUUACUAUUCACCAAAAUACCUACAAUAUUUUUGUCUGAGAUGUUGGUAGUAUCUCUAGGAAUCUCUGCUUAAAAAAACAGUUCUAGAGAGAAUGAGGACUAAUUCAGCAUUUAGUACAGAUAAUUAGGUUAGUCACCCACCUGGCCAGCCUCUCAAAGCAAGUCCGUCUUAGGGAAAACAUAUUGUAAUUACAGAAGGGGGGAUUGUGAAGGGUCUGGAACAUGACUAUACAGUAGGCGGAAUGCAGAAGACAGCAUGUGGGGCUCCUAGGCAACGGGAGAGGGUCCAUGGAAGGAGGAGAAAAGCGACAGGAAAAGGGAAACAGGGAAGCCUCUAAGGCAACAUCAGCUCAUUCAUUUUGCCACAAGAAACAGAAAUGUGAUGUGAGAAUGUUCCAAGAGAAACACUCUCAUUCAAGCACAGAAAAAGUUCAAAGCAGUGUACCUUUAUACUUUUGACUGAUGUUUUCUAGUGAAGCAUUUGUAACAAUAAAAGCACAUAGGCUUUUACAAAAUCUCUUUGAUUUUAUAAUCAUUAUUAGGUUGUUCUUAUGGAUUAAAGACUUCACAGAUGAAAACAGCAUGAAAAUAUUAAUGAUGAUGCCAUUUGUUGGAGGUAGGUGCUUGACAGCUAGUUAACAGGGAAAUUAUGCUCUUGGGCGUCAGAUAUUACCGUGGAGAUGUUGGAGAGGGGCAAAUGGGGUCUGUUGGAUGAUUUUCUUCCCCCUAAGCAUUUGUCAUUAGAAGGUGCCAUGAUAUUUGGGAACAUAUAAAUAAUAAUUGAUUAUUUUAAUGCUAUCUACUGCCUGCUCCCACCUCCAAACUCUGUUUCUUUGCCAAAGAUUAAUAAUGAAAAUUAUACAAAGAAUUUUGGUAGCUUCAGUCUUUUGUUCAUUCCCCUCCUCCUCUUUCUUUAUACUCCAAGUGGCUCUUAUGAGGUUAGCAAGGCUGGUAGUACCUGAGGGAUUAUGUAAUUAAGAAUGGGGUCUGGCCCUUAGUGAUUCUGUAACAUAAUGUGUUUAUGACAUCAGCUUUUUUUUCACAGUAGUGAGAAUCAAGGCAUGUUAAAAAUUAGAAGAAAUUCUCAGUGUUUAUAGAGUUAUUGAAGGAAUGAUACACUGAGAGAUUUAAAAAAAUUAUGCAAGUGAAUGGAAGAGUGCUGGUGCCUGCCAGUGAGCUGAAACCCACAGACAGAUACAGCUUAGAACAGACUCCUUUCUAAGCAACUCUGCUGUGAUUGAGGCCUUCUUUCUGAAGACACCCUCUUAUCUUAAUGAAUGAUGAAGAAGAAUCACCAGACUCUACUAGUGAGGAAGAGGACUUUGGUCAAGCAAGGCCACAUGACCCGGAUUUCAAGGGCCCCGUUGUCAACAGGAAUUGUACAGAUAUUCUGUGCUGCAUUAUCUUCCUACUGUUCAUUAUUGGCUACAUUCUUUUAGGACUUGUGGCCUGGGUACAUGGCGACCCCAGGAGAGUGGCUUACCCUACAGACAGCCAGGGCCACUUCUGUGGCCAGAAGGGCACCCCCAAUGAGAACAAGACUGUUUUGUUUUACUUCAACCUGCUAAGCUGUGCCAGUCCCUCUGUGAUGGUAAACCUGCAGUGCCCUACCACACAGAUCUGUGUCUCCAAGUGCCCAGACAAAUUUAUAACCUAUCUGGAAAUGCAAUUUUUGUACAAAAAAGACAAAAGCUACUGGGAAGACUACCGUCAGUUCUGCAAGACUAAUGCUAAACCUGUGAAGUCUAUCCCACAGCUUUUAUUGGAUGAUGAUUGUCCAACAGCAGUUUUCCCAAGCAAACCUUUUCUCCAGAGAUGUUUCCCUGACUUCUCUACUAAAAAUGGCAAUUUAACAAUAAGAAGUAGGAUGCUGUUUGAGGAUGGAUACGGAAGGACAAGAAGUGCUAUAGAACUCAGAGAGGCUGUACAUCGUAUCAAUAAAAUCUUUGAGGCAAGGACACUUGGAAUGAAAGUGUUUGAAGACUAUGCAACAACUUGGUAUUGGAUUCUCAUUGGCCUGAGUAUCGCCAUGGUCGUUAGUUGGAUGUUUUUGGUACUCAUGAGAUUCAUAGCUGGACUCAUCUUCUGGAUUUUCAUGUUUGGUGUGCUUGGAAUUAUAGGCUAUGGAAUAUGGUACUGUUUCCAGCAAUACAGCAUUCUUCAGGAACAUCCAAAUUCUACAUUAUCUAUAUAUGACAUCGGGAUUCAGACUAAUAUAAGCCUGUACUUUCAACUGCAACAAACAUGGUUCACACUUAUGAUAAUACUGUCCAUCAUUGAAGCAUCUGUCAUCCUCCUGCUGAUCUUCCUCAGGAAUCGAAUCCGUAUCGCCAUUUUCCUGCUGAAGGAAGGGAGCAAAGCCAUCGGACACAUCCCUAGUACAUUAAUUUAUCCAUUUUUAACUUUCAUUUUGCUCUCAAUCUGCAUUUCCUACUGGGUGGUGACAGCAAUUUUCUUGGCUACAUCAGGGGUGCCUAUAUACAAAGUGAUAGCCCCUGAGGGGCAAUGUAUACAUGAAAAUAAAACCUGUGACCCAGAGAUUUUUAAUACAUCUGAAAUUGCCAAAGCUUGCCCUGGAGCUCUGUGUAACUUUGCUUUCUAUGGUGGAAAGACCUUGUACCAUCAAUACAUCCCCGCCUUCCAUGUAUACAAUCUAUUUGUCUUUCUCUGGCUUAUAAACUUUGUCAUUGCACUGGGUCAAUGUACCCUUGCUGGUGCUUUCGCUGCUUAUUACUGGGCCGCAAAGAAACCUGAUGACAUCCCACCCCAUCCACUUUUGACUUCAUUUGGACGAGCCACACGAUAUCACACAGGAUCUCUAGCAUUUGGAUCUUUAAUUCUUGCAUCAAUUCAAAUGCUUAAAAUGGUUCUGCAGUACGUGGACAAACGUCUUAAAAAUGCUCAAAACAAGUUUUCUAAAUUGCUACAAUGCUGCCUGAAAUGCUGUUUCUGGUGUUUAGAAAAAGUAGUAAAGUUUUUAAACAGAAAUGCCUAUAUUAUGAUUGCAAUAUAUGGCAGAAACUUCUGCAGGUCAGCAAGAGAUGCUUUCAAUUUGCUGAUGAGAAACAUUUUAAAAGUUGCAGUUACAGAUGAAGUUACAUACUUUGUAUUAUUCCUGGGGAAAAUUCUAAUAUCUGGGAGUAUGGGUAUUCUGGCCUUCCUGUUCUUCACACGGAAAAUGCCAAUGAUUGAAGUGGGACCAACAUCUUUAAAUUACUACUGGGUACCUUUGCUGACUGUCACUUUGGGGUCUUACCUGAUUGCCCAUGGGUUCUUCAGCGUCUAUGCAAUGUGUGUUGAAACAAUUUUCCUCUGCUUCUUGGACGAUUUAGAAAGAAACGAUGGUUCUACUACAAGACCCUAUUACGUGAGUCCGUCUCUGCUGAAGAUUUUCCAGGAUAACUAUUCACGAACUAAGAAAAGGUAGAAGAGCAAACUGGUCAUCCUACAGCGAUGUGUUACUCUUUCCCCAUCUGCUGUGUCUGUGCAACGCUCCUUUCAGAAGUGCUUUGUGUUUAGCAACACUGUAUUCAUGACCUUGUUGGCUUGUAUUUGCAUGUUUUAUACCAAAGCUUAUACUGUAAUAUGUGAAGCCAUCAGAAAUCCCAAGGGAAUUGUUAAUAACAUGAAACAUUUUUAUACUAAGACUUUUGUUUUGUAAUUCAUUUUUAAAUAGAGUGUCUUGGAUGUUUUGAAAAUACUACCGUAUAUGUUAAUAUUCUUUUAAAUAUUGGAUUGAAAAAUGAUACAUUAUUUAAAUUGAUAGCUCCUAAUAUAUUUUUUAAAUUACAACAAAAAGACUUCUUCUGCAGGGAAAAUUAGCAAACAAAGUGAGAUUAAAAAGUUUAAAGCUUUUUGCCAAUCCUAUUUGACAGUAAAUCAGUGAAAGGACCUCCCCGUUUCAGAGUUUGCUCUCUUUAAAUAUAGAAUGUUUCCUAUUAGACGAAUUGCCAAUCAUGCAGCCUUUACUACUUCGUCCUCUGACAAAGUGCCUUACUGGCUGUCUAAUACUACCCAGCUUUUGUGGGCAAGUUUACAAACACUGUUUAAAAAAAAGUAAAACCUGCGAUGUUUAGUAAUUAAAACAAGUCUUGCAUUUGUUUUCCUCUUACUCACUGGUUGGAAACCAUUUGUCAUUUCAGUAUGUUUGAUAUCCUUGUUAUUAUAGAGUACAUUGUGCAGCUAAACAAUUUCCCUUGCGCCUAGUGGACAUUCAUGAAUGUGUACUAUACGCAAGAAAAAAAAAUCCUGAAAGGACACUUGUAGGGUUUCUUUGAUUUUUUACUAAAAGAGAACUUUCAAAAUAUAAUCUUUUCUAUAGUAGACCUUUGAAAAUACAAUAAGUAUAAUACUGCAUUUCUCAGUGUUUUACAUAGGUUGGAAAGGGAAACUUCUAGGACUUACAAAGGGAAUCUUCAUGCCCUCAAAAGGAUGCUCACAGAUGUCAUGUACUUAAUAGCUCCAUUUUACAUGACCAUUUGUUUUCACUAAAGCCUGUUCUAUAUAUAUCAUUUCAUUUUUCAACUUCUGAUAUUAAUCAGUUUACUUAUAAUUUAAUUUUAUUGUGCUAAUAAAUAAAAACAAUUUCUAAAUCAGUUUUAAAUAAUUUUACUAGUACUAUUAACUUUUAAGGAAAUUAAUUCAAUUUGUUACUCAGUGUUACAGAAAGAGUCCAUAAAAGUAUUCACCCUAAUGGAAUGUCAAUCACGUAAUGAUAAUUUGUUAAUGUUUUGAGAAUCGAUCAAUAAGAAGUUACUAUCAGUUAAUCUGUUAUCACAUUUGUUUAAAUGUGACUUUAGAUACUUUUAUGCCAAAAAUAAACCCAUAUGAGCACAUGACAGUCUGAGCUCUAUAAUCAGUAUGCUUCUGCUGUGCAGAAAUAUUAGGAAAAUAUUGUCUAAAUACCUUUGAUAAUUGAAAUGUUUAAUAUUUAAUGAAAUUUAUUGUUAUCCAUUGUUUAAAAUCUGUUUUUUCUUUUAAUAAAGAUUUAGAUAAGAAA